CUUGUUUCCUUCGAUGGAUUCCACCCUGGACAAAGAAUCCUUCCUUCAAGGAGUUUUCCACAAUGCUCUGGAGAUUGCGCGCUCGACUCAAAUCCACAAAGCCAGAUCGACAUGCCCGUAAGAAGCAUGACGACCAGUCCCAGCCCCCGAGCACGAACGACGACGACCGCAUCGCCACGAGGACCGAUCAAUGUGUCUCUUCCCUAGACGAGGCAAGAACCGAUAAUUCCCCAAGAAGAAAUCUCUGGGAGGUGGCCGGAGAGAGAUUAGACAAGAAACACCGCGAAAUUCUGGAGCAGGAAAGCGCUUCCCCCAUCACGAACGCCAUCGAGGGCGUUAUCAAAACAACAGAAGAGAAAUACCGCGAGUAUAAGGAAGGUGGGCUCAAGAUCCGCAAGCGCGAUGGGGGGCAGAUCGACGUUCGCGAAACCGCCCAGAAUAUCAUCCUCUAUGCACUGCAGGCGCAGGAGCUUGUCAAGGCAUUGGUGUCGUUUGAUCCCACGGGCCAUGCAUCGAGUGCAUGGUCGGUCGUUUCAAUUGGCCUAACAUUCAUACAAAACGGUAUCCAACGUCGGGACGACAUUUUCGAGGCAGCCGAGUAUCUCGCCCGCAAUCUUUCCUACUAUGCGAUCGUUGACCGCCAUUAUCGGGAAAGUCAGGUGGAAAGCAAUCGAGGAUUGGAAGACGCUCUAGUUGAAGUCUACAUAGCGGUUCUUCGGUACACGGCAGAGGUCAAAGAGGCAGAAAAAGAAAGUAAAGUUGAUCGCAUGGUCAAAAGCAUCACGGCCCUGACUCAAGAGCCGCUCAAGGAUCUCAAGAAUACUAUCGAAAGCAAAGCGCAGGCAGUUCAGAAGUGGACAAAACUUACGGAAGAUCUAGACCGCAGGAGAGAAGCCGAAAGCAUACUAGACGGGAUCGAUGAAGCGGUGGAAAGGCUGAAGAUUAUCCAAUCGCAGACCAGAAGCUUGCAAGAUCUAGAGAUCCUCGAUUGGUUGUCCACGGCAUCCUACUCGAAUUCCCAAAACAAUAAUCAAGACCUCCGCGCAUCAAACACGGGGAAUUGGUUUCUCAACUUACCCGAAUACAAAGGAUGGAAGGCCACGCCCGGGGAGAUUUGUUGGCUCUAUGGAGCAGUCAUUCAAGAUAUUGAGGAGCACUGCAAGCCUGAUUCAUCGAGGCAGUUUGCCUACUGGUACUUUCAGUUCAGCAAUGACGAAACGUCCAUAAUACGACAAUUCAUGCCAAAAACACUCCCUGAAUCUAUGGUCAAACUAUGGGAAGAGCAUCGCCCUCGAGGCAGUAACCCACACCAGCAAAAGCUCGCAGAGAUUCUCGACAUUGUAUUGGAAGCCUCCGAGGAUCAGUUCUUCCUCAUCCUUGAUGCUCUGGAUGAGUGCCCCGCGAAGAACGGCGAACGGGGGUUGCUUCUGCCAUUUCUCGAAGACCUAUUGGGAAAGCAUCCAACUAAACUGCAUAUUCUUGCUACCAGCCGACCAGAGCCUGAUAUACGCUCAAGGCUGGAACAAUAUCAAAGCGUGAAUCUGGAGGCUGGAUUGGCGAAAGAUGUGGAAACUUUUGUCCGGGCUCAAGUCACCCACGGCAGGUUGAGUGCAUGGGACGACUCGAUAAAAGAGCGGACUUUAGAGAAACUGCUUGACAUUUCAGAACGGCGCUUUCGCUGGGCUGAUUUGCAGAUCAAGCGGCUUGAAGAGUCCAAGACCGAGGAUGCAUUCUUCAAGGCUCUUGAUUCCAUUCCAGUUACACUCGAGGAUACCUAUAGAGAUACCCUGGAAAGGCUCCCACCAGAUGAUCGAAAGGCAGCUCGCACAAUCCUGAUUUGGCUGAGUUUCUCUGCCAUCCCGCUGGAUCUGAAGACCGUAGCAGCUGUUGUGUCUUUCCGGUUUCCAGAAGACGUUGUAACAACUUGCACUACUUCCUUGGUCACUGUGAGCAUCUCUGAUGAUACUGUCAGAUUGGCUCACUUCUCUGUGAAAGAGUUUCUAGUUUGCAACGAAAUCAAGGGUCAGUGGUAUCAGUUCUCGACCCUAUCUGGUCAUGACGUUAUUGCAAAUCAGAGUAUCGACUCUCUGCUGGAAACCACCGAAAUUCUCACAAAGACUACUGCCGUUCAAAGCCCACUACUCAUAUAUGCUGCCAAUUACUGGGAUUACCAUCUGGCGGAAUUAGGAGAUCUACACGCCAGAAGUACCGGUCUCCAGGAGAAGGUUGAUCACCUGUUCACCGAGCGCGAUGUUUAUUUCAACUGGGUGCGCUUGGAAAAGUACUAUUUGGAUAGGACAUGGCUUCAAUCAUUGGAGGAACUAAAGCCGCCUCUAUACAAUGCAUCACUGAGAGGAGUGAAACCAACAGUCGAAAUGUUGCUUGCAAAAGGCGCCAAUCCACUGGGAACCAUUUAUAAUGGUUCGCGCGAUGCAUUAUCCGCAGCCGCGGCAGCAGGUCACUUAGAGAUUCUGGAGUUGUUGCUGAACAAUAUGGACGAGAUACCCCGAAACGUGACUGCGAGCAUGCUGAUGCUUAUAAGGCCCGCCGAGGCUGAUAGAGAGAAGUUGUCGGUCAUUUUGAACCUACUUUGGGACAAGGGCGCUUUGCACGACCAAUUAAGAGCAUCGCAUAGGAUCAUCGAUGAGAGACUGGUUGAAGCUGCAGCUAGCAAUCAACGCCGCUUGGGCUAUGUACUAAUGGACCAACUCUUGGAUCAAAAAGAGAAGAUGGGUGUCAAGAUAACUGAAAAGGUGAUGAUAGCGGUGCUGAACAAUGACGAAUGUGGUGCAGAAACCAUGAACCUACUCCUCAAUAGAUGUGUUGAGGAUAUAAGGCUUACCCCAUCAUUGAUGCAGGCGCUGCUUUCCGCAGACAAUACUGAUGCCGCGAUUAUUGUGCUGAGUCGGCAGGUGAAUAAUAUCGCUUUGGACGAGAAAAGUCUCGGAGCCCUUACAAUUUGUAACAAAGAAGUGGUAGAGAUGCUUUUUCGGGAGCGUGGCGAGGAGAUAUGUGUCACCCAGAAAGUCUUGAUCACAGCCGCCAGGUUUGCACGCGAUUUGCAGGCACUGAAUUUACUUCUGAACAGGCGAGAGCCUGGAGCAGACAUUGACAAAGAGGUUCUUCUAGCCGCUGCACAGAACAUUCCAGCAGGCAAUGGAAUCUUGGAUUUGUUGCUUGACCAGUGUGGACAAGACGCUGCCAUUGAUGAUGAGAUCAUCCAGGCAAUUGCAGAGAAUCCAGUCGAAGGUUUGGCAAUGAUAAAGACGCUUCUGCGCAGACAGCAGCCGGGAUUUGUGGUCACCGAACAGGUACUGUGCAACGCUGCCACAUUUCAUAAUCUGGAAAUGCUGGAGCUCUUGGUGAGCAAUGCCAGUCGCUCUAAUCCUCCUAUCACAAGCAGGAUUCUUGGCUGUGUGGCCCAUAACCUUUACCAUACACAAGCCUUGAUGAACUACCUAUUUGAUCUUCGUGGACACAGACUUCCCGUCUCAGAAGAUUUUUUGGUAUCACUUGCUGAUGAGAGCGCCAUCAACUCGGACUAUGUGCUCACAUUCAUCUUGGAGAGAUGGCCCAAAAUUCCUGUAACUGAUCGACUGUUCGAAGCGGCAUGUUGUAUCCCCAACGCCCUGGGGUUGCUAUUGGAUCGACGGCAUGAUUGCCUUCCAAUUGAAAGAAUGAUUCAGAGGAUAACAGAAGACCAUACACAGAGUGGAAGGGCACUAGAGGUGCUUCUCGAUCGGCAGCUUGUGGAAGUGACCGAGUGGCUGGUAGAAAUGACCGUCAGUAACAUCUUUACACUGGAGAUUAUUUACAACAGGGAUCCGGAGUUUCCAGUGACGCCGAGAAUAGUCGCCAGCGCAAUAAGGAACGUCGAUACAAUGCGCCUUCUACUCGACAGACAGAAGAACCAAGUCUUAAUCACUGAAGAAAUGGUCAAAGCUUCGUUGGAUGCAUUUUUCCCAAGCGACAUUGUAAGCUUACUUCUGACCCGCCUGGGACCAGAGGCAGUGCCAAUUACAGAGAAUAUCUUGAUAUAUGCUGUUCAAAUAGGCGAAGUCGAGGCUCUAGAGCUGUUUUUAAAACAACAUCGUGACCUCAAUCUUCGUGCAGUCUGGGAAGCAAUGUGGCAGGAUCCUGAGAUUAGCUCAGAUUCUCUGGCUGGGUCAGCAGAUGCCCUUUUCCAUUAUGCCAGUUUCGAUGUCUCGGAUCAAAUGCUGGAGAGGUUGUCAUCUGAGGAUUUUGACGACUUUAUCCGCUCAUGUAUGCAGCAUCGGAUACCACUACCCACCACGAAGCAGCAUUCGAGUUGA